UCUCCCAUUAUGCUUCCAGCCAUUUAAAUUUAUGGAUGACGCUGUACCACAAAGCACCAUUCAUGCACAAUGGGCCAAUCGCAAGGGUUGUAGACUAUUGACAGCAGUGACGUGUGGGCCAAUGAUCUGUCAUCAGACGUCUAGCGAAGGCUCGACUUUAAUAAUAAAGGCCAUGCGGAGCUGCUAAACAACGCUCCUGUCCGCCGUAACUUUGAUCACUAUUGCUGUAAGAUAGAUAAAAAUUUUAAGUUAGUAAGUACGGGUGCUGGCAGGAGUAUAUGCAGAAACAUUAUAUAAACCACACACAACAAAAAAAACCGCUGAACAGACACACUUUGUUAGACAAAACGGACUAUAUGUUGUAUAUAGUUAAGUAAUAUGAGCCAGGAUGAGAAUGCAGUGGAUGCGGACGCUAGAUGUGCAGCACCGGACACGGUGGAACAGGCGGAGCAACCAAUAUUGUGUGACAAGAAAGAGCAGGACCAGCCGGCCGUUAACGGCCCGCUCGCCGACGAGACCACCGGGGCGAACAUGUCCAAGCGGCAGCGUAAGAAGCUACUCAAACUAGCCAACUGGGAGGAGAAAAAAAAGGCAAAACGGUUGAAGGAAAAGGAGAAGUACAAACUCAAGAAGGUGAUAGCCAUCGAACAGGGGUUGCCGGUUCGCAGCGGUCCAAGCAGAAAGGAGCUGAAACGGCGUGUAAUCGAUUACAGUCAAGCGACGAUUGAGAUCGCGGUCGAUCUGAGCUUCGACUGCAUGAUGAUCGACAAGGACGUUGCCAAAUGUGUAAAACAGUUGCUACGCAUGUACACACUCAACCGGCGGGCACCGCGCCCCGUUCCGUUGCACUUUACCGGCAUCGUGGCGGAUGGUGCGGUGCAGCGGCACCUAUCGCGAUACGAUGGAUACAAGCACUGGGACGUGAAGGUAAGCAGCAGCCCCCUGCUGGACAUCUUUCCACGCGACCGGCUGGUCUACCUGACGAGCGAGUCGGACAAUGUGCUUGAGCGGCUCGCGACCAACGAUGUGUACGUGAUCGGUGGUCUGGUGGAUCACAAUCAACACAAGGGCCACUGUCUCCGUUUAGCGCAGGAGCUUGGAGUGCGGCACGCUCGCUUACCGCUGACCGAGCAUCUCGUCAUCAAAACUCGCACGAUCCUUACGAUCAAUCAGGUGUUUGAGAUCAUGCUGCAUAUUCAUGCGGGGCGCGACUGGCAGUCAACGUUGCUCGAAGUAUUGCCACAGCGGAAAGGAGCAGUACCCAAGGAAUCACUACCCAGCGCCAAUCCGUAAGUUACAAACAAAGGCAAAUAGGAAAGUGUUAAUAGUUAAAUAAAAUUACAAUCAAUGGAAAAGAGAAAUAAAUUAAAAUAAAUAUGAAUGAUUUUCAUACAUAAAACAAUUCGUAUAAUAUCUAAUGAGAACCACUCACGUUAGGAGAUAUUAGACAACCGAGCACGGUAUUGUAGAUUAGAUUCAGUUGGGUUUUUAUUUAUUAUCGAGAUUACACAUGAGCAAGUUUAUCUAAGAAGAUUAUUUUAAAAUAUUGCACGUAGAAAUUGAUUGUAACAAUUACAAUCAUGUUAUUAUGGCAUUAAAUAACUAAUAUGGGAGCGAAGUGAAAAAUGAAACAUCGAGCAAACUACAAUCGUCAAUCUUUCACUGCACGAUGCUCGCUAAAUCGCAAUCGACGGGGAGAGAAGCUCUAGAAAUGCGAUACGGUUAUGGUUUGUGUUGCUUAUCAUUCCCUCUCUUAUUCGUUAUUUAAUGUGUUUGUGCUUUGAACAUUUGAUUGUGAAUU